GGAAGACACUUACCUGCCUAUGACGUAGAGGCAACAAAAGUUGAGUCCGCAUUUAACCAGCUUUACUCGUAUAUAUUUGAUAUGGAUGUGGGAGCUGGAUCAGCAGCAACGGCAGAUAAACCUAUACCAAGUGCCAUAUUUGUAGUGAAUUUUGAUAAGGUAAGAAUGGAUCCUCGAAAUACAGAGAUCAAUCUAGACAGUUUGAUGUUUUCAAAGCUACCAGAGCUUAGUGAUGCAGACAAACAGAAACAAGAGGCAGAUUAUAUUUAUCGAUAUAGAUACAAUGGUGGAGGAGCAUCCCAAGUUUGGCUUGGAUCAGGCAGAUAUGUUGUCAUCGAUUUGUCUGCGGGGCCUUGUACAUAUGGGAAGAUUGAAACUGAAGAGGGAAGUGUUAGUCCCAGAACAGUGCCAAGGAUACGAAACAUUGUCCUUCCAGGAAACGUUAGCCCUGUUGGUCAUCAGUCUACCAAUGAUAUCUUUUCUGGUCAAUUAGCAGCGUUAGUAGCUACUACAAUUGAGCACGUCAUAGCUCCUGAUGUCAGGUUUGAGACGGUUGAUCUAGCAACUAGAGUGCUGGUACCUAUCAUUGUACUCCAAAACCACAAUCGAUAUAAUAUCAUGGAAAGAGGACAAAACUACAGCAUAAAUAUUGAAGAGAUAAAAUCCGAGGUAAAGAAAAUGAUUCAUCAUGGACAAGAGGUAGUCAUCGUUGGAGGGGUUCAUCCAUUACAUCGUCAUGAGAAGUUAGCUAUUGCCGUCUCAAAAGCCAUGCGUGGGCAUUCCCUUCAGGAAACUAAAAAUGACGGAAGAUUUCAUGUGCAUACCAAAACAUACCUAGAUGGUGCUAUCCUCAAAGAAGAGAUGGAAAGGUCUACCGAUGUUCUAGCUGCUGGUUUGCUCGACGUGUCUGACCCUGGGCUUUCUAAUAAAUAUUUUCUCCGUCAGAGCUGGGAUGAUGAAUCUGAAGGUUCGGGUGAUUCUAUAGUAAAACAUAGGCCUCUCUGGUCAUCUUAUAGCUCGAAACUUCAGAAGGGAAAGAAAAAGAAAGCAGUUAAGAAAAAAGGCGAUCUCUACCGCACUUAUGGAACAAGAGUUAUUCCAGUGUUUAUCCUCUCAUUAGCUGAUGUGGAUCCAAUGCUCAUGAUGGAAGAUGAGAGCCUUGUGUGGGCGAGUAGUGAUGUAGUCAUUGUGCUCCAGCAUCUAAACGAGAACAUACCUUUGAGUUAUGUUUCUGAAACAGAGAGGCAGCACGCUGUUCCAGCACAGGUACAGCGGCACAUACUUGCUGGCAUAGCUUCUGCAUUAGGCGGUGUAAGUGCACCGUAUGAAAAGACCUCUCACGCGCAUGAAAGACCUAUCACCAAUUGGCUUUGGGCAGCUGGUUGUCACCCGUUUGGACCAUUCUCAAACGUCUCCCUGAUCAGUCAAAUGCUUCAAGAUGUUGCACUGAGGAAUACUAUUUAUGCACGGGUUGAUUCUGCUCUACGCAAAAUCCGUGAAACCUCAGAGGCAGUACAAAACUUUGCAUCUGAGUACCUCAAGACUCCACUUGGAGAGCCCGUGAAAGAUAAAAAGAACAAAANCCAGCAUCUAAACGAGAACAUACCUUUGAGUUAUGUUUCUGAAACAGAGAGGCAGCACGCUGUUCCAGCACAGGUACAGCGGCACAUACUUGCUGGCAUAGCUUCUGCAUUAGGCGGUGUAAGUGCACCGUAUGAAAAGACCUCUCACGCGCAUGAAAGACCUAUCACCAAUUGGCUUUGGGCAGCUGGUUGUCACCCGUUUGGACCAUUCUCAAACGUCUCCCUGAUCAGUCAAAUGCUUCAAGAUGUUGCACUGAGGAAUACUAUUUAUGCACGGGUUGAUUCUGCUCUACGCAAAAUCCGUGAAACCUCAGAGGCAGUACAAAACUUUGCAUCUGAAUACCUCAAGACUCCACUUGGAGAGCCCGUGAAAGAUAAAAAGAACAAAACCAAAACGGAGCUAUGGGUGGAGAAGUUCUACAAAAAGACAACCACAUUGCCGGAGCCUUUCCCACACGAGCUAGUUGAAAGAGUGGAGAAAUAUCUAGACACUGUAGAAGAACAACUGGUGGAUCUAUCUUCUUUGUUAUACGACCACAAGCUAUACGAUGCACAUCUCAACAGCUCAGAGAUUCUUCAAACCACUAUGUUUACACAACAGUACGUAGAACAUGUAUUGGAAACAGAAAGGGAGAACAUGAGAUGCUGUAAGAUUGAGUACAAAUACACAGUUGGAGUAAAGUCUUAUCAAACGUUGGUGUAUGGAGGAAUACUUGUAGCUGGUUUUUUGGUAUAUUUUCUCGUCAUUUUCUUCUCUUCUCCUCCUUCUCGCUAACUUAUUUACUCGGUCUCAUAGAUUCUUGCUUAAGAGAUGUAUUUUUGUAAGAUAGUAACUUCUUGGUUACUUAAUAAUUUUUGUUUAUUUUAUUGACUUGACUAA